UGACUUUCUUGCAAACUCUUUUGUCAAAUUACAUAUGUCACGUAAAAACAGAAAAGACAUUUCAAUAACUAAUUAUUUAAUAACACGCAUUUUUAAAUUCAAUUGAAAAUGGGCGGAACUUGGUCCUGGCUCUUUGGCCGUUCCAAAGAUGAACGAGCUCCAAUAGAAGGCUUAAUGCCAAGGUUAAAAAAUAUAGCAAGGAACAACUUCAGAGGAAUUUUUGGCAUAGCAGUACCACUUUUGGGUUUGGCAUGGAGAGUUGAAAAGGGAAAGUCUACACUGGAAUUCAUGUGGCUCGCAAUGAUCUGGAUCUACCUACUUCAGCCUCUAUCUGUGCCCACCGCAUCAAUCAUACCUAUAUUUUUGCUGCCCAUGACUGGAUUAUUAGAUUCUGUAAGCACGUGCCGGUGCUAUUUUAAUGAAGGUAUCGCAUUAUUUACGCUGACUUCGAUGCUAAUACUGCUGCUAAACAAUUCUGGCUACGAUCGUCGUCUAGCUUUGAAUAUUAUGUGUUCCGGUGAUAACGAUGCUUUUGCUGCGAAAAGAUUACUUAUCAAAUGCAGUUUAGCUGCAUUUAUCCUAUCAAUGUUAUCCAAUAGGCUGAUAGUUACGUCGAUUAUAACUCAAUAUGUUACUCCCAUAUUUUUAAGCUUGAAGUCUGGUGCAGGAAAAGGUCCAUCUGAAACAAAUUAUGACAACGUUCGAUAUGUUAUCAAUAAUGCUAUACAGACAUCAUCUGCUAUUGGAAGUACAGCAAUCAUGCAUUCUGCCUAUUGCACACAUGCCUUUAGAACUAUAUUCAUCGAAUCUUGUUUAAAACCAAGACACGUUUACCCGGAUAUCUUUAAUUAUCUACAGUACUCAGUUUUCGCUCUACCUUUGGCCAUAGUCUUAUUCAUUGCUAAUUGCGUAUAUCACAUAUUUUUAUUGUCAGGAGCUCAGGGCAAGCCUAUGAGUGCAGCUGCCAUAGCUGAUGUGAAAAGUCAACUACAAAAGCACAAAGAUAGUAUUCCAAAACAAAUAACAUCACAUGAAGUAAUCACCAUAUUCUGCUUAGUUUUGCUUUUAGUUUUACUAUUCGUCGCCGAUAACAAGUAUGUUCGAGGUUGGUCUACAUUCAAUUAUGUAGACGGCAAACCCAUAAUUAAGGAUCCUACCAUAGUAUCGCUGUUCGUCAUUUUAUUGCAUAGCAUACCGCGAUCUACAAAUUUCCUGAAACUUAUCACUGAAAACAGGAAAAGUAAACUCACAUUAAAGCCGGAUUCGUCUAUUUUAUUUUGGCGUUUUGUGAACAUGAAUACGAAUUAUUCAUAUUUUAUGUUAAUUGGUGCAGGUGUGGCAAUAGGAGCUUCAGUUAGGAGUACUAAACUUUAUGAGGAUAUAACAAAUUACAGCGGAACGUCCUUAACUAAUCAAAAUUGGUAUGUGGGACUGCUGUUAGUGUGCUUCCUGUCUUGUAUCCUGGCUAACAUAAUGACAGGCGUUGCAGCUGUGGUAAUUUUUCUGCCCUUCGUUCUGAACAUGGCUAGAGACGGGGCUCCAUCACCGUGGGUUGGGAAUGCCUAUCUGGCCGCACUUGGCGUAGGGACUGCGUCAUCGUUUGGGUUCAUGUGGCCUUUUAUGUAUACACCGGCAUUUAUAUGUCAUCAUGUGGGGAAAGUCCCGAUGCAAAAAAUGGCCAAGUAUUCGAUCGUUAGUGUCGUCCUAUGCUGCAUCAUCCUUUGGGUCGCUCUAAUUGUUUACGCGCCCAUUUUGUGGGACCCUACAGGCGCAGGUAUUUAUUGCGAACCUGGACCGGUCAUAUCAUCCUCUGCUCCGACCACACCUGCCCCAGGCGGUGGCGGAGAUGAAGCACCACCGCCGGGAAUUUAAAACAAUCGAAUCGAAGAACCGCAUCGCAAGAAAGUUCAAAGGCAACGAACACUUAAGUUCGUUAGAUGUCGCUAAGUAUUUUUGUAUUACUAGUGCGCUUUUAUCUUAUGUCCAAGGAUAGCCUUAAGUGCAGUGACUAUAUGCAAUUAAAAACAGAGGGCAAAAUCUAGUCCAUACUUCAGGUAUCUGAACUAAUACCCGAGUCAAACCUCUAAACGUGGUGAAUUAUUGCUACAUGUCUUUAGUCCGCAUGUCAAAUAACAGAAGGUACUUUUGAUUUUGAUGAAAUAUUUUCUAAUGGUUAGAUGAUUGUUUUUUUUUUAAUUUCUGAUAUACCUAUAUUUUCUUAAUAACAUGCUGAGAGUCAUUAGACACGAAGAUAUGUUUAUUCAGUGAAUUAAUUUUGUAUUGAUUAUUUAAAUAAUUUCUUAAGUUGUCAGUAAGAAGUUAUUUUUAUGUAAGAAUAGAUUCAUUAAAUUAUUAGUUGACA